AUAAAAAAGAAAUUAAAAAAAAAUAAAUAGAAAAGAAGAAGGAGAAUCAGGAAAUAUGAGGAUGAUGGGCGAGUCGGGGUCUCCUUCAAUAAAUUCUACCCCCUCUUCAUCAUCAUCAAGCUCAAUUUUCUAUUUCUCGAUAUUUCACAAUUACCCUCUCAUCACUGCUGUUUUCGCCUUUGCCCUCGCCCAAUCCAUCAAGUUCUUCACCACUUGGUACAAGGAGAGACGAUGGGAUAUAAUGCAAUUUAUUGCUUCCGGAGGGAUGCCUUCUUCUCAUUCAUCGACAGUUACAGCUCUGGCAGUAGCUAUCGGUUGUCAACAGGGAUUUGAUGGUUCUGUAUUUGCCGUCGCAAUGAUAGUAGCAUGCGUGGUAAUGUAUGAUUCUUUUGGGGUUCGUUUGCAUGCUGGAAAGCAGGCAGCGGUACUAAAUCAAAUUGUAUAUGAACUACCAGCAGAACAUCCUCUUGCAGAAACAGGACCUCUACGUGAACUUCUCGGCCAUACUCCAUUACAGGUUGUUGCUGGUUCAAUUCUUGGUAUAGUUAUAGCUGUUUUCGGAUACUUGAUACACACUGGUUUGAAUUAAUCUUCAUUCUUUGCUUGGCAAGGAUACUUGAUACACUCAGACUGCCGGUAUUUCGGAGUAGGAAAAAACCUAGCUUCACCUUGAACUACACUGUGAUUUUUGUGAUUAAUACCGAUUGUAUAUGUUUUUGACCCUGUAAUUGGGCAGGUUAGAGGAUACGCCGUUUCGAUGAUAAAAUUUUUCAGUGGCCAAGUUUUAGUUGAGUAUAUGUAUCAGUCAAUUUUACUAAUGUAAAUAACAAUUCUUUACAUGCCUUAUGGCAAAUAAUGCUAAUGCAUUGUUCA